UAAUGAAUGACAUGUAAAUUAAAAUACCAUGCAAAUUUUGAGCCCUAGCGAUGAGCUGUUAUCUUUAAUUUUCUCCUAUUUUUAAUUUAUUGAUGUCAAAUUCCAUAGGGGAGAUCCAUCUUGAAAUACUAACACAUAUAAAUGCUUUGAAUAGUUUGCGUAAUUUUCUAACUAAAUUGAUAGUUGUUCGUGUUACUAAAGAUCAAAUGGAUAAAGAUACAAAUGCAUAUCAUAGAUUCUAUGGCAUGGUUAGAAGGAUAAAAAUGAGGAAAUAUGAGCAUGAGAGGAUGCAAAAGAUAAUAACAUCAAUUUUGACAUGGAAGAUACUGGAACAAGAAAUGGAUGAAUUCUUUCUGGAGAAUUAUUCAAAUGAUUUAGACUUGGAUAUUCAGAACGUCUCGUUUGCUGAAACUGCCGAGGCACCAUCAGAUUUGAUCUUGCCAUUAUUGAGGUACCAAAAGGAGUGGUUGGCUUGGUCAUUAAAGCAAGAAACUAUAUUCAAAAGAGGUAUUCUUGCUUAUGAAAUGGGAAUGGGGAAGACGGUUGAAGCCAUAGCACUUGUGCUUGCUCAACGCGAAUUAAAGAAAGCAACUAGUGGUUCCAGUAUAUUGCCGUCUUCACCCAGUACUUCCCAGGAACUCCCAACAAUAAAAGGAUCUCUUGUUGUAUAUCAUGUGAUUGGAGAAACGCGAUGGUUUCGCAAGAUUGAACGUUGCACCACUAAAGGAAGCAACAAAACUCUUGUGUAUCAUGGCACCAACAGGGAGAAAUGUAUGUACAAACUAGAGGAAUAUGAUUUUGUCUUUACUACGUACUCCGCUAUCCAGGCUUACUAUUGGCCAAAGAAGUCAAAACAGAACAACAAGAACUCAAAAUGGAGUGACGAUGGUUCUAUUGAAAAUUCAGCCUGGGUUGGUGAAGAUGUUUCCCCAAGGAAGUCAGUUCUGCAUUCAUUGAAGUGGGAGCGCAUCAUUUUGGAUAAAGCAAGUCAUACAUUUAUAGAUUCAUGCAUUAAGUUUUUGUUUUCUUAACUUGGCAUUUCCAGAUACAUGGUGAUCAUUUACUGUUUAUGCAAAUUUUUUCAAGUCGAUCAUGUUAACUGCUGAAUAAUGUGCUAAUAGCUAUGCUGGUCAUUAGAAUGUGAAGAAUCUUAUAGUGGUUAGGAAGAAACCUAUAGGUUAACUGCUGAAUAAUCUUCAUAAUGUUUCAGCUAUUAAGGCACAACAUAAUGUAAGAACAUGGAAUUUCAUCUUCAAUUCUAGUUUGAACACCCUUUUAUAUUUUACAUGGUGGACAUGGACAUUAUGUUCUCUUUGUUGCCUUGGAACAAUCCUGCAUGUGUUUUGUAGUCUGAGAAUAGAACUCCUAAAUUUCAUGUGAUAUAAGAUUUUUUAUCUGAAAUGUUCUUAACUGAUUGAACUUUUAUGGCAUAAAUAGGCUCAUUAUAUCAAAACUGUAGACAACAAACCCACAAAGGCGGUUCUUGCUUUAAAAUCUUCUUAUAAGUGGGCCUUAACUGGCACACCCCUGCAAAACCAUAUUGGAGAAUUGUACUCAUUUGUAAGUUAACUUUUGCUACUUUAACUACAUUUUGUUUGCUUCGUAUUGUUUUGAGCCAAAUUAAAUUAUUUACUUUUAUACAGGUCCGUUUCU